CUCCCAGGCACCAUUCCCGAGGUCUCUUCAUUUGCGCCGUUCUCCGACGCCGGUGGGGCUAUGGCUCGCCGGCGUCGGACAUUCUCUUCUCGCUUUUGCUCUGGCUUUUCUUUCUCUGCAUUUUCAGUUCGGUUUCAGAUUCAAACCACCUGGUUUGAUACAAAGCUUCCUCAGAUCUGGCGUGGUAGGCUCGCCGAAGUUGUUUCCGACGCCUCCUUGCUUUCCCCUGUGGAAAAUCUCUUCCCGGUGCCUCACCGGAGAUCCUUUCUUCAGCCCUGUCUCUUCUCUCCUUUCAACUGGUUCCCCCUCAUUCUCCACCCGUAUUGCGUCCAAUCCUCAGCAGCUGCCUUCUCCGUUGAAGACUUCUCCGUGUUUGUUGGCGAUGCUACUCCCCCGCCGUCUCUGUUUAAGGCUCCGGCGAGAUCUAGUCUCCUCUCCGCUGCUCGUUUUUGCGACGGUGAGAUCCCUUGUGGUGUCGGUGACCAGCUUUGGGCCUUGCAGCGUAUGGGCCGUUGGUUGACUUCUUGGCUAUUGGGCCUUUGGAUGGAAAAGCCCAUCUCUAACAAUCCCAGCCCUGGCCGUUUAAGAAGUUUUCGUUGCCCUUUUUGUCCUCCACUCGCUACCCUCUGCUUCUCCAAUUGUCGAUUCACCGGAUACUUCUCCGGUCUCUUUCAUGGACACACUAGAUACUUCUCUGGUUCUCCCUGCCCGCGUAUGAGGCAGGCCGUGUCUCCCUUCAGUCUCGAUCCACCGUUGUUGGAUCGAUUCCCGCCCAUUUGUGGCGAAGAUACCGGAUACUUCUCCGGUCCCCCUCUGCCUGCUUUCGAGGCAGUUGCUGGUUGCUUCCAGACUCGAAUCACCUAUGCUGGUUCGUCUUUCGUCUUAACGUCACAAGAGAUGGUGACUACCUCAUUUCCAGUUGAUGUUUAUGUGUUGUUUGCGAUUUCUUUCAUGGGUGUGCUUGUGAUAGUUAGCUUCGACACUUCUCCUGAGACGAUGAGCACAACCAGCUACUACUCAUCCGCUGCCAGUUCGGCGAUAUGUUUUUCUCCUCAUGGUGUCCCGUCGAAAUGCUGGUGUGGAGAGGAUAUCACAAGUUUCACAUCGAAAACGAAGGAGAAUCCAUACCGGAGGUUCUAUCGAUGCGUGAUUGCAAUGAAGAGGGAAAAUGAGGAUCACUUGUUCAAAUGGGUUGAUGAAGCUCUCUUAGAGGAAAUUAGGAUGGUGGAGGAGAAGUGUAAGUUAGUUGCACAGGAUGUCAAUGCUUUGAGGAUGGAAGUGAUGGGUACUAUGAAGCUCCACAACAUAAACUUUAAGAAGAUGGAGGAUGCGAUGAGUAAGAAGAUCAAGAAGACCGUAGGUGUUGCUUCUGUUAUUCUUUGCUCAAUUGUAUGGCUAUGGGGAAGAGUGUAGGUCUUGAGUUUAUGUGUAAACCCGGUUUAAUGACAAUUGUAACAAUUUUUAAUAUCAGCCAACCCAUAUUAUAAUAUAGUAACAAUUGUUUC